CAUCAACAUUCAACAUAACCUAGAGCGCCUUGAGUUAAGAAAGGUCUGUUGGUGGAUUAGUUGAAUUGAAUCACAGUGUAAUAACUCAAUAAUCAACAUUAAAAACUUUGCUGUGGACAUCUUUUGGAUAUAUAAAUCCCUGAGCACCAAAAAGUAUCCAAGAAAGACGAAAGAUGUCACUUCACAAGGCAGUGGCUAAAUCAUCAGUAGAAGAGAUGGAAGCUUUGCUGGACUCUGGAGCAAAAAUAGACUCCCAGGAUUACAACGGACAGACUGCGCUGUUUUCAGCGAUCCGAGCCAACUUUGAUGCCGGGGUAGAUAUCUUGUUGGCAAGAGGGUGUGAUGUGAAUAUAGCAAACGAUUGUAAUGAAACUCCUUUGCAUCUGGCAGCUUGCAAGUUCAACUUGGGAUUGUUCGAAAAGCUGUUAAAUAGAGGGGCGAAACUGGAAUGUAAAAAUAUAAUAGGAGAGACGCCAUUGCACUCAGCAGUUGUAUGGAGGUUCAGUACCGGGGUCAAACUGUUGUUAGAAAGAGGAGCUUCAGUUCACGCUAGGGACUGUUUAAAUUGCACUCCUGUUGAUUUGGCCUUAAAAAGUGGUAGCGUAGAGAUGCUUCUACUGUUGUUGGACUACGGAGCCGAGUUGCCACCCAAUGUCAGCAAAUUUGGUGAGACUCCUCUACACGUUGUGGCCAGACUGGGACAUGUGGAGAUGGUGGAGGAACUCCUCAUGCGAGGAGCUUCGGUAACCGUGGAGGAUGACAAGGGGAUUAAUCCCUUGCAGGCAUCCUGGAAGCAGCCAAUAGUACAUCAGAUCCUUAUGGAGCACGUUGUGAAGCUAAAUGCUGUCAAAUUGGUGGGGCAUGUAAAAGGAUCAACAGUCAUCAAAGGAAUGUUGUCAUUUAAGAAGGCUUGUUUUCGGGAGAUAAAUAGAAUACGGGAGAGAAGAAUCGGUGCAAAAUCACUCUAUACAGUGUUUUCUAUCUUAGGAGAUCCUACGUUUGUAUUUGAUGAACGUUUUGCAGAAGUAAUUGCAAGUAAAGACUUAAAAAAGCUGUUUCCGCUUUAUGCAAUAAUUAUUUUAAAGUCAUGUUUUGAAAUUGCAAAAAAGAGAUUGAACAUGUUAAAUAUUCUUAUGGAGUGUUUUCCCUUACCAUUACCUCCUGAAAUGAAAAGGAAAAUCUUUAUCAGUCUUUGUGACCAUGAUUUAAAGAACUUGCUAGAGGUUGUUAAAAUGCAAAUGAACAAUUCUACCUUAAGUUAGAAACUAAUCAGUAUUACAAGUACUUUGUUCUUAUUUUAUAAGAUUAUCUUCUUAUAAUAAUAAGAUGGUCAUAAUUGAUCACAUUCAUAAAAUAUCAGUGGGUUCAAUUUUUUAGUUUAAAAUGAUGUAUCUAUUUAUAACAAAAUUCUAACUCUUUUUUUAGAAUAUGGAAUAAAGAAAAUA